AUGAGCCAGCAGCACGUGCAGUGCACCUGGCUCACCUGGCUGGUGCUGGCUAAGCCCGUCCAUGUGUACGCGCGCGAGCCGCAGACUCCUAAUGGCAGGCAUUACGGCAGAGAGACGCAGUCAAAGCAAGACACCUCAGUGGCAGGUGGGCAGGCUUCGCAGUGUCCGCCAGGCUUGGCGUUCGUCUCGGACGUGUCUCCCGAUCCAUCGAGCCGUGUCAACGAGCCUCCCUCGCGCAUCCCGAAGAUCAUCCAUCAGACGGGCCGCAGCCGCUGCGUCUCGGCGAAGUUCCACGAGGUCAUGCGAGCUUGGAUGGACCGCUUCCCGGGCUGGGCCUACCGCUUCCAUGACGACGCCGCGAUGGAGAGCCUCUUGGCGCGUCGGUGGCACGCCUUCCCGCUGCUCCAUGCGGUG